AUGGUAGCUCAUGUUGGGGAUUUUGGUUUAGCAAGGUUCCUCUUUGAAACAUCAGAUGACCCCUCAUUCAGUCAAACAAUGUCAUCUCAGCUCAAGGGUUCUAUAGGCUACAUUCCUCCAGAGUACGGCACAGGAGGCCAAGUUUCCAUACUUGGAGAUGUUUACAGCUAUGGGAUACUAUUGCUGGAAAUGUUCACAAGAAAAAGACCUACCAAUGACAUGUUUAAAGGUGGUCUAAGCAUUUACCAAUUUGUACCCAUGGCUUUGCCUGACCAUGUCAUGGACGUUGUUGACCAUUCAAUUAUCCUCGACCUCGAAACAGAUGGUGAUGUCAACAAUGACAUAGUGCGAGAACAAACUCCAUCCAGACGUAACAAUGGUGGCUCGGUGAAAGCAAUGAAAUUAAAGGAAUGCUUGGUUUCAGUGAUGCAGAUAGGACUCUCUUGUUGUGCAAUGUCACCAAGGGAGCGGAUGCUGAUGGACGUGGUUGUCAGAAAAAUGAGCGCAAUCAGAGACUCGUACCUUAAAGUUUAA